CUCUACUGACUUGAACCGAGGCAACUGGCAGAGACUGUGAUCGUGGACAGUGGACGAAGUUGUGAGGGAAACAGACAGAACUGAUAACACUGGCAACAUGGUUGUGGCAGGCUGCACAAGAUGCAUAAAAUACAUGUUAUUCUUCUUUAAUUUUAUUUUCUGGCUGGCUGGAGGAGUGAUCCUAGGAGUGGCCCUGUGGCUCCGCCAUGACAAUCAAACCAGCAACCUCCUCAUACUUCAGUUUGAAGGCCAACAGGCGCCAAGCACGUUCUACAUCAGCGUCUACAUACUGAUAGCUGUAGGAGCUGUGAUGAUGCUGGUCGGCUUCCUGGGAUGUUAUGGAGCCAUUCAGGAGUCUCAGUGUCUGCUGGGAACAUUCUUUUUCUUCCUAGUGAUCCUCUUUGCCUGUGAAGUAGCAGCAGUUAUCUGGGGUUUCAUGAACAGGGACACUAUCUCCAAAGAACUCAUCAACUUCUACGACUCUGCUUACAUCAAGGCUGUGGAUGUGUCUGGAUCUCCCAGUAAAGACGCUGCCAUCAAGGUCCUGGAUGCUUUUCACACCACGCUUGACUGCUGCGGUAAAGGAGACGACACGGCUCUCUUCAGACAAGUUGCCACCACCUUGUGUCCAAGGAAGUCUCUAGAUGAUUUUCUGAAAUCUCAGAGCUGUCACGACAAACUGAUCGAGCUCUUCUCUGAGAAGCUGCAUCUGAUUGGUCUGGCUGCCUUGGUGGUUGCUGUCAUCAUGGUCUUUGAGAUGAUCUUCACCAUGGUGCUCUGUUGUGGGAUCCGUAACAGCCCUGGAGUGUACUAGGAAUUCAGCCAAGCAGCAGCAGCAGCAGGGGUGUAUAAUAGAAUCAUUUUGAUGUGCCAGUUCUUUAUUAUACAUUAUGAUGGAUAUCGCUCCUAUUUACUUUAAAAUAAAAUCAGUCAUUUGAAUUUUGAUGUUGCUUAUCUGUCAUCACUUAGUUUUCUUCUGCAGCAGUUUAGCGUCUGUGGGUCCUCGCUUCAUCAGGCUGUUAUAUUUACAGUACAUAUGUGAAAUGUUUCUCCUUGAGUUUAUUGCUGUCAGAUGUAUAAAUUGUAUAAAUAUGUUCUACAUAUGUACGUUUUCACGUCUCCCCUGGCUGUGUGUGAAACAUGUCACUACGGCACAACAGUAUUAUGGUAUUUUCUUAGCAGCAGGGUUUCAUGAUUCAGACUUUUGUUUUUUGAGUUAUUUUGCCUUAUUAACACAUGAAACACUCAUUAUAGUUCAGUUUAUUUACUUAUCUUUUUGUAUUGAUACCUUAAUGUCUUUCUACUUUUUCUAUUACGUGUUUUUUUUUUCCUCACUUCUAAUGUAUUAAGAUGGAGCAACAUCACAUCAGGUUUCCAAUAUUAUAGUGUUUGUACAAAACAUCAUUUUGUCUUACAUAUUUAUAUUUUGAAAAGCAAGCAAAUAAUAAAAUACGUUUGGAAAGUAAA